CGCUGCCGGGCGCGCCUUGGGUUUUGCAGCGAACCGGAAGUGCGGGAAGAUGGCGGCCGCUGGAGCAGUUUUGGGCCCACUCGUGACGGAGCUGUACGAUGUGCAGGCUUUCAAGUUUGGGAACUUCGUGCUGAAGAGUGGAAUCUCCUCCCCCGUCUAUAUCGAUCUGCGGGGCAUCGUGUCUCGACCGCGCCUUCUGAAUCAGGUUUCAGAUAUUUUAUUUCAAACUGCCCAAAAUGCGAGGAUUAGUUUUGACACUGUGUGUGGAGUACCUUACACAGCUUUGCCAUUGGCUACAGUUAUCUGUUCAACUAAUCAAAUUCCAAUGCUUAUUAGAAGGAAAGAAACAAAGGAUUAUGGUACUAAACGUCUUGUAGAAGGAGCUGUUAAUCCAGGAGAAACCUGUCUAAUCAUUGAAGAUGUUGUCACCAGUGGAUCAAGUGUUUUGGAAACUGUUGAGGUCCUUCGGAAGGAGGGCUUGAAGGUUACUGAUGCUAUAGUGCUGUUGGAUAGAGAGCAGGGAGGCAAGGACAAGUUGCAGGAGCGUGGGAUCCGUCUCCACUCAGUGUGUACCUUGUCCCAAAUGCUGGAGAUUCUCAAGGAGCAGAAGAAAAUUGAUGCUGAAAUGGUUGGGAGAGUGAAGAGAUUUAUUCAGGAGAAUAUUUUUGUGGCAUCUAACCAUAACAAUUCUCUCCCUCCUGUAACGAAAACACCCAAAGAACUCAGCUUUGGUGCACGUGCAGAGCUGCCUGGGAUCCACCCAGUUGCAUCGAAGCUUCUCAGGCUUAUGCAAAAGAAAGAGACCAAUCUGUGUCUGUCUGCUGAUGUUUCAGAGGCCAGAGAGCUGUUGCAACUGGCAGAUUCUUUAGGGCCCAGCAUCUGCUUGCUCAAGACCCAUGUAGAUAUUUUGAAUGAUUUUACUCUGGAUGUGAUGAAGGAGUUGACAACUGUGGCAAAACGUCAUGAGUUCUUAAUAUUUGAAGACCGGAAAUUUGCAGAUAUAGGAAACACAGUAAAAAAGCAGUAUGAAGGUGGUGUCUUUAAAAUAGCUUCUUGGGCAGAUCUAGUAAAUGCUCAUGUGGUGCCAGGCUCAGGAAUUGUGAAAGGCCUGCAAGAAGUGGGCCUGCCUUUGCAUCGGGGGUGCCUGCUCGUUGCAGAAAUGAGCUCUGCUGGUUCCCUGGCCACUGGAAGCUACACUCAAGCAGCGGUUAGAAUGGCGGAGGAACACUCUGAAUUCGUGGUGGGUUUUAUUUCUGGCUCCCGAGUAAGCAUGAAACCAGAAUUUCUUCACUUGACUCCAGGAGUUCAGUUAGAAGCAGGAGGGGACAAUCUUGGCCAACAGUACAACAGCCCACAUGAAGUUAUUGGCCGACGAGGUUCUGAUAUCAUCAUUGUAGGCCGGGGCAUCACCUCUUCAGCUAAUCGUCUGGAAACAGCAGAGGCGUACAGAAAGGCUGCCUGGGGAGCUUAUUUGGGUAGACUUAGUGUUUGAGUGCUUCAGAUCUGUGAAGUCACUGGUUUGAAAUAAUCAGCAGCCUUAAUUACUGCGUGGAUUCUUGGGUCCUAUGUAGGAAUGGCUUUUGGCGCUAUCAUGAUCUUUAGGAAAUGCUGCCUUGUAAUCACUGCA